AUGCUCGAGAAAAAGACUAGUGUUAAGGAACGACAACUCUAUCAUGGAACAAGAGAGGCAAAUAUAGAUGGAAUAUGCAAGAUUAAUUAUGACUGGCGGCGAUCCCCUCAACGUUAUGGAAAAUCAUUUGGACACAAGUUUGGAAAAGGAGUUUCGUUUACACCGCAAGUGUCAUAUGCAUGGCAUUAUGGGGAUAAUGUGAUGGUGCAAACCAAAGUAUUAGAGUCACGAUCGGUCAUAGGAGACUCUUCAAUGACAGUGCCACCGGAAUCUUAUGACACCAGUAAAAACUCACAACAGACUGUCAUUGUCAAAUAUGAGGAUGAUGAUUUCUUUCCUUAGUAUGUUAUACAUUAUAAUUAGGGAAGUGAUAUUAGGUAGUGAAAAGGUUUUCAUAAAAAACGAGA